AGCGUCACAAGGGCCAGUGGUUCCCAUGGCAACAGGUGGGCCUGAGGCAGGGGCUACGCUGACCAGACAGUGCAUCCUGCGGCUCCCGCUGGGCUCCGCAAAGGAGGCGGGCCCCAGGCACUUGCAGAGGGGGGCUGGGGCUCACUGAGGUGAUCCGGAAGAGAAGUGUUUCCACAACCUGAAAUCUCCAAGUGAAGCCACUGGCCCAGUGCCAAGGACAGCUGGCAGGACAUUGGUCCCUUCUCCAGGGAGCUCUGGCUGCUGGCCUUUGUGGCACAUCAGCCUCUCCACAGACAGCCAGAUUUGAGGACCAGCUCCUAGACAAUGAACUUCCAGGUGACAGGCCUGGCCCUGGACAAAAUGAAGCUGGACAGUCCACAUUCCUUUCUGGACUCAGAGGAGGUGGAGGAAGCAGAGGACCAGCAGCUGCUGGAGCCAGAGGCUUGGAGGACCUAUAUGGAGCGACGCAAUGUGCUGCGUGAGUUUCUGACCACAGACCUGAGCCCCCAGUUGCUCAAGCGCCACCAUGCCCGCAUGCAGCUGCUCAAAAAGUGUUCCUACUACAUUGAGAUCCUCCCUAAGCACCUGGCCCUAGGUGACCAGAACCCACUGGUGCUGCCCAACACCAUGUUCCAGCUCAUUGACCCCUGGAAGUUUCAGCGCAUGAAGAAGGUGGGCACAGCACAGACCAAGAUCCAGCUCCUGCUGCUUGGGGACCUGCUGGAACAGCUGGACCAUGGCCGAGCAGCACUGGAUGCCCUGCUUGAGGCCCCUGACCCACGGCCCUUCCUGGCUGGCUGGGGGCUUGUGGAGCAACAGUUGGCAGACCUGUCGGCUGUCAUGGACAACUUCCUGGCUAUGAUGGUACCAGGGCACCUGCAUGUCAAGCACCGCCUGGUAUCUGACAUUGGAGCCACCAAAAUUCCACACAUCCGGCUUAUGCUAAGCACGAAGAUGCCAGUUAUGUUCGACCGGAAGGAGUCAGUGGCCCAUCAGGACUGGGUCAGCCUGCGCUGGUUUGUUACCAUCCAAUCAGCAGCACCAGAGCAGUAUGAACUGCGCUUCAAGCUGCUGGAGCCUCGGACACAACAGGAGUGUACACAGUGUGGCAUAGUCCCUGUGGCUGCCUGCACCUUUGAUGUCCACAACCUGUUGCCCAACCGUACCUACAAGUUCACUAUCAAGAGGGCAGAAAGCUACACCCUGGUGUAUGAGCCCUGGCGGGACAGCCUCACCUUGCAGACCACACCAGGACCCCCUGAAGGGCCUGUCCCCAGUCGGCUGGGCAAGCCCAGCCUGCCCUUGACCACACCUUCUGAGAGAUGAUUUUCUAAUAUUUAUCCACUAAUAAAGAGGAGUAUACACACACCAAAUUAAAGACACAACUUAGGCCUUAAGACAACAGCAACCACAUAGUGUUUCCCUGAUGGCCCAGAAUCCCACGAACCCCAGAACCCCUAUGCCUUCUGUCUUUUCCAAGAGAGCCCCAGGCUGCACAUUUCAGGACCACUGUCCACUGGAGCAGGAAGUGCUGGCUGCUGGUACUUGGCUGCCACCUCCAGUAAUGAGAACUGUCCCUAGGGAACUCAGCUCUCUCAGCCUCAGCACCUUAUAUGUCUCUCACCCUCACAGCCAUAACCAGAUUUCUUUACCUGCUUCCUAGCUUGAGAUCCCUGAGGAAGAUGAUGUUUUGGUCCUGUCUGGACACCAUUGAGGGGCAUCAUAGCCUUGGUGUUAGCAUCCCAGAUGACUUGAAGCAGGGAUGCCCAGGACCAAAGAUGUCUUUCUUUUAAAAUAAAGGUCUUACAUUCUUUCCAA